AUGGCUGUGGCAGCCGGGGGGAUGCUGGAUGGUGCCGUCGGGGCGGACCUGAAGCUGGAGAGGCGUCAGGAGGCCCUACAGCAGGCUGCUCCCCCGGGAGGACCUGACAUCCCACCAUGUGGACGGAGCAUUUUGGUGCUGCCGGUGCCGCAGCUGGCCGACCCAGGAGGCAGUGUCCAGCCCCAGACCCACAGACCAGCACUGGAGCUCCUGGGAGAGCUGGGCCGCCGAAGCCUCACGAGCCGUCUCUGCCCCGGGCGCCCGGACGCUCCGCCAGACCUGGGCGGCGGCCAUAGCCCCAUAGCCGGUCCCCGCCGGCUGCCGGGGGCGCGGGACCCGCCCGAGGCGGGGGCAGCCUGCUCAGCGCGGCCCCUGCGCCCUCCGCCUGGCUCUCCGCGCUCCCUCGGCACACCGCGGGGAGGAGGCGCCCUCUCCGUAGCGGGCCCGGGGCUGCAGAGCAUCGCGGGGCGCGGCCGAGGGGAGGAGAAAGGAGACAGCGGAGUAGGCCCGGGCUCCCGGGACGCCAGCUCCGCCAAUCUGCGGGCGCUGACGCGGGGGGCGGCUCCGCGGCGCUCGGAUAUCUGCCCGCCCGCCGGGGCGCCGGGCGGCGAGAGGUUGGGCCGCGAGGGCGCCGCGCACGGGGAACGGCCGCUGCACCUGCCCCGGACCUCGCCGGCUGCUCCGCGCGCCCUGCCCCCGUCGGCCCCGCUCCCGCCCUCUCCUCGGUCCCAGCGACCCCGCGCCCUGGUUCCCCACCAGGUCCUCACCUGGGGGCCGAAGCGCGCGCGCGCGAGAGAGCGCCGAGCCCUGCCCUGGGAGCCGCCCCUUCGCCUGGCCCGCCGGCCACCCAGCGCGGCCCACGAAGCCGUGGAGACUGCGCCGAGCCUCGGAUCGGACUGCGCCGCGCGGUUGCCACCGCCACCUCCGGGCCGCCGCGCCUGGGCCGGGAUGGGCCUAAGUGUCCGGUCCCUGCGCGCCUGA